AUGGUGGCGGCGGAGGCGCACGAGCGCGAGUUGGGUUCGGGGGCAAAGGCGCGGUUCGCGGACGUCGGGACUGGGAUGCGGAUGCGGUAUCGCGAGUACGGCGGCGAUGAUCGCGUCGUGCUCGUUUUGCACGACGUCGGGGAGUGUGGAGACGUGUAUUGUGGUAUCGCAAAGUCUUUGAGUGAGCGCGGGUAUCGGGCGUACACGAUCGAUUUGCGUGGACACGGCGAGACGACGUGGUCGCGCGAAAAGCGAUACUCGCCGAGCGAUUUAGCCGACGACAUCGAGUCUUUCAUCAUCGAGCUCGAUUUAUACGUUCGACCGUUGACGAUCGUCGGAAUCGGUAUGGGUGGCAUCGUCGCGACGAUGGUGGAAAACAAGAACCCGAGGCUGGUCGCGUCGACGGUGCUGGUGGAAUGUUCGCCGCUGGCUCCGAUCGACGCGUUUGCAUUCCACCCAUUGCAAGCAGCGGCGUUUGAGGACGCGGUAGGUGCGGUACACGCAUUGUUAUCGCCGUCUAUCACCACAAGUGACGUGGACCCGGAGCGGCGUAACUUGAAACACGUGUGCUUGCGCGCGCUUUGCACGAUCACGCGCGGUUCGCGACGCGACGAUGGCGCAGAGGCGCUAUGGCGCUGGCGAAUGGAUCCUGAGUUUUAUUGCGAGUACGACGAAGACUCAGUGUGGAGAUCGAUCGAAACUGUGUCGUGCCAUUUCGCAGUUGUAUACGGUGAACACUCCUCGCGCAUCGACGCGCGCGACGCCGAGCUCAUCGUCAAAGCGGCUUCGAUGAACGCCAAAUCGUCGCGCGCGUACGUCGUCGCCGGCGCCUCGCGUUUCGUCGUCGAAGACGCGAUGGCAGAUACGCGAGACAUGAUCAUGUACGCCCUCAUGCGAGCUGACGACGAUAUGUUGGUGAAGAACAAACAAGCACGAACGCCAGAACUCCUCGGGAUCCGUCCACUCCCGCAAUACGCCACUUUGGAGGAAGCGAUGAAGGCGCUCGCUCCGCGCCCAGUGCCGACAUCCGCCGUCGUGGAAGAAGCCUUACGCGACGCUCGCAAAGAUGACGAGUGCGAGAGCGACGACGACACACAUCGAUUGAAUAAUCGCACGAAACUCAUACAAAACGAUCCAGAAUACUUCGGGUUCGUCGGAUGA